AUGUUUUCUGGAGUCAGACCAGCGGACUCAGAACAGGGUUUUGGACUCAAAGCGGGUUCCAGACUUCCCUCCAUGUCUACCGUGCUGCUGGUCGCCUGGUGCUUGGCGUUGGUCGGCCCGGUCGGUUGCCACAGAAACUUCUCAGCUCUGAUGACAUCGGAGCCGCCGCCUGACUUCCAAGGCUUCUGGCCUCUGGGACCGGAUCGCAUCCAGACCUCAGACGGAGAGCCACAUCUGGAGCAAGAGGCCGGGAUCAAGCCUUGGUCCUCCCCGGAGACAGGAAGAUCCAAACAAGUCAUCAAACACGACGGGAAGCCCCGCUCGCACCCGUCCUCCUCCAACUCCUCGCUGGCGGUGCGCGUGCGCCCGGUGCUGCCCCCCCGCUGCCUGCAGGCCACGUCGAUAAAAACCGCCUUCAAGUACAUCAACACGGUGCUGUCCUGCGUCAUAUUCACCGUGGGGAUCGUUGGCAACGCCACCCUGCUGAGGAUCAUCUGCCAAAAUAAAAGCAUGAGGAACGGACCCAACGCUCUGAUAGCCAGCCUGGCGCUGGGAGACCUGAUCUACGUCGCCAUCGACCUGCCAAUCAACGUCUACAAGGUUGUGCUCUGCCUGUAUCGUGCGGUGGCGUCCUGGUCCCGGGUGCAGGGCAACGGCGUUCCCACGGUAACGGCGAUGGAGAUCGUGGCGAUCUGGCUGCUGUCCCUGACGCUGGCCGUGCCCGAGGCCAUCGGCUUCAACAUGGUCAGCUUCGACUACAGGAACGUCACCAUGACGACAUGCAUGCUGCAGGCCAAGACGCCCUUCAUGACGUUCUACCGCGACGCGAAGGACUGGUGGCUGUUUGGGUUCUACUUCUGCGUCCCGGUGGCGUGCUCCGCCGUGUUCUACGGGCUGAUGACCCGCGAGAUGCUGCGGCACCAGAGAGGAAGUCUGAGGGUCGCACUGAGUGAACACCUGAAACAGUCCUUACCUAGUUUCCUGUUGGUGCUCGACUACUUCAGCAUCAACAUGGCAACCAUCAACUCCUGCAUCAACCCCAUAAUCCUCUACUUCGUCUCCAAGAAGUUCAAGAAGUGCUUCAAGGUGUGGCCCAGUGGGUUUUUUAGGAUGUGCCCGUAG